GGCAGGCAGGCAGGCAGGUCGCAGCUGUGCAGCGGCGCAGUCACGGAAACUUUUUAAUGACAGAGUGACGAAAAGUGACACACACAAAAAGAAAAAAAAAAGUCACGCAAGUCGCCUCACUUAACUCUUUGUGUCCAAAAAAAAAAAAAAAAAAGUUAGACAAGAGGCAACGUUUUGCCGCACACCAUUUUUUUUCUUUUUACAUCUCUUUUUUUGGGGGGAUAAACUUUAUUUCUUAUUAUUUCUCCGACAAGACUUGUGAUGGCCGCGCUGUCAUUCGCCUACUUCGUGCUCUUGGGAUUUAUCGCGACUUCAGCCGUCAAGGCUGGUGAAGAUGAUCGAGAAGGUCAGCUGACACGCCGUCUGAAGGAAUAUGGCCUGGUCACCCCUUUCAGCACCGACGCCCAUGGACGCUUCCUGUCUCACCUGCUGUCGGCCACUCACAAGCAGCGGGUCAGGAGGGAGGCGUCCACCACCACGCCGCCGACCCCAGCGGCAUCAGAUCAACAGCUCUUUUUCAACAUCAGCGCCUUUGGUAAGGAGUUCCACCUACGACUGAGGCCCAACAACCGUUUGGUGGCACCGGGGGCGAUGGUGGAGUGGCACGAUGACGACGGCUGGGGGGCUGCAAGCGGAUUUUCCAAACAAGUUACUAACCGGACUGGACCCAACAACGAGACAGGGAAGAUAACCUCACUGAAGACAGACUGCACCUUCGUGGGCGACAUCACGGAUGUCCCCGGGGCCUCGGUUGCCAUUAACAACUGCGACGGCCUGGCCGGCAUGAUCCGGACUGACGCAGAUGAGUACUUCAUCGAACCUCUGGAGAGAGGCACUCAGGAGCUGGAGGACAAGGGCAGAGUCCACGUGGUGUACCGCAGAUCGGCCGUGCUGCAGGGCCUUUCCGACAUCUCCUUGGACUACCACGUGCCAGAAGCGGAGUUGCCGGAUGUUCCCAGGACUCUGGAUACAGUUCGAAGGCAGGUCAAUGAGACAGUCCAGCAACGCCGACGCCGCGAUGCCGGUGAGAACGACUACAACAUCGAAGUCCUGCUGGGAGUCGACGACUCAGUGGUUCGAUUCCACGGAAAGGAACAUGUGCAGAAUUACCUCCUCACGCUCAUGAAUAUUGUGAACGAGAUUUACCAUGACGAGUCCCUGGGGGUCCACAUCAACGUGGUCCUCGUGAGGAUGAUCAUGCUUGGCUACGCCAAGUCCAUUAGCCUCAUUGAAAGAGGCAAUCCAUCCCGCAGCUUGGAAAAUGUGUGCCGCUGGGCCUUUGGCCAGCAGAAGGGCGACGUGGACCACGCCGAACAUCAUGACCACGCCAUCUUCCUCACACGUCAAGGCUUCGGCCCCACGGGAAUGCAAGGUUAUGCUCCCGUGACCGGAAUGUGCCACCCGGUCCGCAGCUGCACCCUCAACCAUGAAGAUGGCUUCUCCUCCGCCUUUGUGGUGGCCCAUGAGACCGGACAUGUGUUGGGCAUGGAGCACGACGGCCAAGGCAACCGGUGCGGAGACGAAACGACGAUGGGAAGCGUCAUGGCUCCUCUGGUCCAGGCGGCCUUCCACCGAUACCACUGGUCAAUGUGCAGUGGACAAGAACUGAAGAGAUAUAUCCACACCUACGACUGCCUGCUGGAUGACCCCUUUAAGCACGACUGGCCGCAGCUUCCCGAGCUGCCUGGGAUCAACUACUCCAUGGAUGAGCAGUGCCGCUUUGACUUUGGCGUGGGCUACAAGAUCUGCACCUCCUUCCGCACAUUUGACCCAUGCAAGCAGCUGUGGUGCAGUCACCCAGACAACCCUUACUUCUGCAAGACCAAGAAAGGUCCGCCCCUCGAUGGGACGGAAUGUGCAACUGGGAAAUGGUGCUACAAGGGUCACUGCAUGUGGAAGAACCCCAGUCAGGUGAAGCAAGAUGGCGCUUGGAGCUCAUGGGGCAAACAUGGCUCCUGCUCGCGUUCCUGUGGGACCGGCAUUCGCCUCCGAACACGACAGUGCAACAACCCCUCUCCUAUCAAUGGCGGCCAGGACUGCCCGGGUGUCAACUUUGAGUAUCAGCUGUGCAACACCGACGACUGCCCCAAGCACUUUGAGGACUUCCGAGCUCAGCAGUGUCAGCUCCGCAACUCCCACUUCGAGUUCCAAAACACCAAGCACCACUGGCUGCCCUAUGAGCAUCCGGAUGCCAACAAGCGAUGCCACCUGUACUGCCAGUCCAAGGAAACGGGCGACGUGGCGUACAUGAAGCAACUGGUGCACGAUGGGACACGAUGCUCCUACAAGGACGCCUAUAGUGUCUGCAUUCGUGGGGAGUGUGUGAAAGUGGGCUGUGACAGAGAAAUCGGCUCUAACAAAGUAGAGGACAAGUGUGGCGUCUGCGGAGGCGACAACUCCCACUGCCGCACUGUGAAGGGAACCUUCACCCGGACACCCAAGAAAGCUGGCUACCUUAAGAUGUUUCUCAUUCCUCCCGGAGCUAGACAUGUGAUCAUCCAAGAACAUGAGGCCUCCCCUCAAAUUCUUGCAAUCAAGAACCAGGCGACUGGCCACUACAUUCUCAAUGGCAAAGGAGAGGAAGUCAAGUCCAGGAGCUUCAUUGAUUUGGGGGUGGAGUGGCAGUAUAAUAUUGAGCAAGAUGUGGAGACUCUACACACUGACGGACCUUUGCACGACCCAGUGGUGGUUCUGAUCAUACCCAGGGACAAUGAAACACGCUCCACUCUGAUGUACAAGUAUAUCAUCCACGAAGACUCAGUGCCCAUCAACAACAACAAUGUCAUCCAGGAGGACACUUACGAGUGGGCGCUCAAGAGCUGGUCUGCCUGCUCCAAGCCGUGCGCCGGAGGCUACCAGUACACCAAGUACGGUUGUCGGAAGAAAGGCGACACCAAGAUGGUCCACAGGGGGUACUGUGACGUCGGCAAGAAGCCCAAACCAAUACGCCGCAUGUGCAACCUGCAGGACUGCACACAACCCCAGUGGAUCUCUGAGGAGUGGGAACACUGCACACGUACGUGCGGCAGCCUGGGCUUCCAGGUGCGGACCGUGCGCUGCAUCCAGCUGCUGCAUGACACCGCCAACCGCUCCGUACACAGCAAGUACUGCACCGACCGGCCCGAGACCCGCAGGCCCUGCAACCGCCUCGCCUGCCCGUCACACUGGAGGACAGGGGCCUGGUCUGAGUGCUCCGUGACCUGUGGUGAGGGCACAGAGAGGCGUUUGGUCACCUGCCGAGUUGGAGACCAGUGCGGUGGAGACAAGCCAGAGAAUGUGCGUGUGUGCCGGCCUGGGCCAUGCCAUGAUGAUCCUUGCCACGGAGACAAAUCCAUCUUCUGCCAAAUGGAGGUUUUGGCCCGCUACUGCUCUAUCCCCGGAUACAAAAAACUGUGCUGCGAGUCUUGCAGCAAACGGGUUGGUGGGGGUGGGGGGGCUCUUUUCUCCGAGCAAGAGGACCACGUGCGCUUCGGUUCUGCAUCGCAGCUGCUGGAGACGCUGAUGGCCAAUGCCACCCGCACCGAUAAACAUCAAAACAGCGAUAAACAGCGACAAAACGCAGGCAACCAGCCACAAAACACAGGUAAACAACAGCAGAAGAGCGGUAAACAACGGCAGAGCAUUGCUAAACAAAAGCCAAGUGCCAGUAAACAACAACAAAACGCCGGCCGAUCAAGGCCGGUCACCACGCCCGCACCGCCUAAGAAAGCCAAGACGACGUCAAAGCCCAGGAGGAACCCACGGGAUGCCGCCCUUGCCGAGAGGCAACGGCCCGCUGCUGGCGGCUCCGCUGACAGCCAGCGGCCCGCUACGUACUCACGAGUGGAGAGAUGAGAGUGGCAGAUUCCUUAACUGGACUACACAGACAACAGCUUCAUCGUUCUGAGUCUUCUCACACUAACAACAACAAGAAAAUCAUCAAAGACAUAAGAGGUGCUGGUUCACUUUGUUUUUACAGUUACGUAGCAAGUCGGGGCAUUCAUUUUAAGAUGGGGGCACAAAGGUCGAAAGGGAACGUUUUUAUUUGGUCGAAAUGGAAAAGUUUGCUGCAAUUCUUUUAAUUUAAAAACACGUUAAGAAUGAAGACAUACGCAAUUUUAACAUCCAAGAUGGAGACAAAUCGAACAUACACAUUUUCUUAAACAUCAAAGAUAGUUUACACAGAGAAAAAUAAAACAACCAUUUAGAUAAAUAACAAAGAUAACUGGGUCUUAAAAAGAACAAAACAUGCAUGCUUCUGGAAAAAGUCAAAGACUUCUCAUAAAUAAACCUCAAAGAUCACAAUUCACUGCCCUCCAAACCUGAAUGCAGGUUUUCAUGAACUGAUCAAACGCACUCUUUUAUUUUCCCGUGCGUCAAAACAACAUUUACGACAACACCAUCACAAAUAGAAAGACAUAAAAUUCAAAUAUAUGUAUGCACAGAAACAGUGAACGGUACAACAUGUUUUUAAUGAUGUAAAAUAAUCAAUGAAUGACGUGAAAAAAUACAAAAACGGAAACGUAGCAAAACCGACAAUAACCGGUAUCUACCUUUCAUGUGUUCCAGUCAAAGAGGAGACAUUACGCACAAUGUUAUCGAUAUCGAACAAAAAGUGGUUUGAGCUGCUUCUAACUUCAGAAGCUCUGCUUCAUGGUGCUUCCACACUUACUACAUGGUGAUAUGGAGCUAUCACAUUCAAAUAAUCUGUAUUAAAAAAAAUGGACAGAUGCUUUUUAUUUUACCAUCUCAGUGUUACAAAAUGAACAUUUUUAUAUUUAAAAUAUGUAGCAGCUGUAACUUUCAGAAGCUACAGCCACAGUUUGACUAAGUUCUGCUGCAGUGAAAAGCUUUCUUUUUUGGCAAUAACGCAUAAGAAGAAGAUAUUUACCAAAAGUAGUAUUUUGCUUUCGUCACGUUUGCAUUUUGAUAUAUGGCUAGCAGUUGAAGCCAAUAAAGGUUAAUGUGGUCACAAAAACGUAGACUGGAUUUGACCAAAUUCCUUGAUUGACCACGGGUCAAAUUUAGAAUCAUAGUCGUUGACCUCUUUCAAAUAUUUGAAGUGGCAUAUUCUGAACUCCUCAAUCACUUAUUUUUCCUGAUUACUUCAAUUUCAAUUGUCAACUUUUUCUAGAUUUAAAAAAAAAUUACAAAUGACAAGGAUCAGUUUGUCAGUUUUGAUUGUUGUAGACAAUAACCUUAACUUUACCUUUCCUCAGUGAAAGUUUUUUUGUUCCUUAUUUAAAGACAAGACACAAAUGGGAAGGCAUUUGCUAAAACAUCCUAAUGCUUUUGCUGCACUCACGUUUUCAGCUAAUGGACCUUGCCUACUGCAAUCGGAAUCACUUUGGGAGUUUGGAAUGGAUCCACAUUUCAUGAAAUGUCUAUUUUACAAAGGGACAAAAUAUUUUUAUAUUACUAAAAUUGUAUUUUAAAUAGCGACGACUGGUUAGCAUAUCUGCCACACAGUUUUUCUCCGGGAACUCCGGUUUCUUCCCACAUCCCAGAUACAUGCAACAUUCAUUGGACACUCUAAAUUGCCCCUAGGUGUGAAUGUGAGGGCAAAUGGUUGUUUGUCUCGAUGUGCCUUGCGAUUGGCUGGCAACCAGUUCAUGGUGUGCCCCGUAUUCCCACGAUCCUUGUGAGAGACAGAAAUGGAUGCGUGGAUUUUGAAUGGAUUAUUCUGAACUCCAUGAUCAUACUUCCUUUUUUUAUUUUGGAAAAUAAAGCAAGCAGAGUAAGUUUAAUCAUCAUUAUUUCAAAAUAAAUACAUUUUUGAAAGUUCUGGGGAUAGAUACAGCUACAGCUACUUUAGUUUUAGCAUUAGCUUCACCCAGAGAAGCAUUUUGAACACAAACAAGGUGCAACAGGAACGUGUUUGCCAAUACUUGUCACGACCAUCUCUAGUAUGUUGCAAGCUUUUUCAACAUAUGAACAUUUUCACAAACAUUUACAAUAGAGGUAGGUGAUUCAUUCGUUUCUUUGACUAUGUAGCAAUUUAAUGAUCAAUUAUUAUAUCUCCAUCCAUCCAUCCAUUCAUCCAUCCAUCCAUCCACUUCAUUCCUGAACUGGUGGGCAAUCAGUUACAGGGCAGAUUUUGACCAUCACUAAGUGGAAAUUGAACCCACCCUGCCCUCACCAAAGUCAGGCGCCACUAUACUAUCAGUGAGUCUUUAUAUAUAUUUAUAUUCACACAUACAUCCGCAACCCUGCUGAGAUUGAGUGUUGUGGACCAUGUUCUGAACUCCUGUUACGAUGUCACUGUCACAUGGAGAUGAAUUCAUGCUUGAUAUUUGAAUACACACCAGAUAUGAUUGCACCGUCUCACUAUUUCUGCCCAUUCCUGCCGCUUAGCUUCGCUUUGCUCAUUUCUGACCUUUUAGCAGUUAGCUACAUGAUGUUUUUGAUGGCAAUUAAAGAUAAACAACAACAACACAAAAACAACAAAUGGAUUUCCUCACAACCACGAUGCAUCUGACUGCAAUAAGAACACAACACAACCAUGUACAACAGUGUAUAGUUCGUGUAUAUAGAUAGCAUUGAGUGCAGACAUAUUUAUUGACAGAACGGUGCUGUUUGUUUUGUCUUUUUUCUGGCAAUAUUUUCAAUUUUCAUUUUUAAAUGAAUUCAAAUACAUGUACUAGGAUAGAAAUGACAUUGUUUUCUGCAAACAAUUAGAUGUAAAUAUACACGCUCAAUUUUGAGAUGUUUGUCACCAGGCUGUCUUUUCACAGCUGUUUGUUUUGUUUUGGUUUUUUUUGUUUGUUUGUUUUUCUGUUUUUGUAGCAACCGACCCAAGCUCUUUAUUCAAGCUGCUAGUGUAGUUGACGAUUUGCGUCGCUGCUAAGCUUUGCAAUGAUGCUAGUUGCGCAAGACAAAACCCCUGAGCCUCCUUCCAGUACUGUAUCCAUACAACCUGUGCAUUGUCAUGUCUCCAUUGUGCUUGUCUUGUGUAUUUGUGCAGAUUCGAGUGUACACUACUACUGAUGCUGUUUAUUGGAAUGGGGCGCACAUAGCAAUAAAAAUAGGAUCAACACGUCCGCCUCCACACUAUUGUUGUUGUUUUUGUCAGAAAAAGUGUUAAUACCCAAAAAUUCCAAGUGUAUCCAAACGUUUUGUGUGAUGUUCUCUCCUGUGGUUGUUUGCAAAAACAUAAACGAGGUUUGCUGCACAAA